GAGAAUGGACGUAUAAUACUCUUCCCCAAAGUAAUUGUUCAACUGGUGGCUAUCUACUAGGGUACUUCAGCCACUGAGGUAGCAGAGUACUUCUCGAAACCACACUGGAGUUGUUUUAUUGGACUUGAUAGUUGUAGUGUCAAGAUCAAUGGUCCGAUGGAGAGUUGGAUUUCGCGACUUACGAAGACCCAGGUGAAGUCAUUUUUAUCAAUAACAGGGCAAAAUAUAUGCCAGCAUAUCAAAACACAGCAACUUGUAGAUACAUGUAUUUCCAUGAUUUUCAUGUCGCUUGGUUAAGAAUCUGGCUGCGUCAUUGCAAUCUUGUCGCAACUUUUAUUCUAUAUAGAAGUGCAAGUGCUCUUCUUCAUCGCUCUCUCUAUUUGUAUUCUUAUAGUCAAAUUAAAUUUCAAGUCACAAUCAAAAGUUCUUCAAAAUGGCAGGCUUCUUAUCCAGGUUCCAUAAUUCGAAAUUCUACCCCCUCCUUCAACGAAUUCUCCGCACCCUACAAUUUCUGUCUGCUUUAUCGUCUCUUAUCGUUUUCUCUAUCCGCAUCCGAAAGAUUUAUAAACUCUAUCGCAGUAUUUCCCACGCAGAGGGAGCCAUUGAAGGCAUCCUCGUUGCAGCCAUUGCUUACACUCUUGUAAUUAUGGUCUUGAAACUAAGUAUGCGAAACGGCGGGCCGAAAUUCCUUCGUUGGGUCUUAGCUGUGCUCGACAUAGCCUUUGUGGGAGCGUUUAUUGCCGUCGCCGUGUUGACGAGCCCGAAUGGUGGGAAGGCAGGACCUUGCUAUGGCCAGAGAAAGAAGGUUGCAGCGCAGAACAAUUAUGCCACUGACCCAGGAUGUCAAUUGCCUCUUGGAACUUUCAUCACAGCUAUUGUUAGCACUAUUCUUCAUGCUUUGACCGCCACAUUCCAGGAUACUCGUGAGCGUCACAGAGAGUACAAGGCUGCUAAGGAGGAAUAUUAUAAUAGAGACAACAACAGCGGCAUAACCCCGACCAAUCCCACCAACUAUAACCAAGAUCGCUCUGCUGUUUGAGAACUUGUUUGUUACAUCUUGGCUUGAUAGCUAGUCAUCACGUAAGAGCGAUGAUUAGGAUGUUGGGUUUAUUUUGUUGAACUCCAACAUAGGGAACCAAGUUCUGUUGAUACAAUGGCCUGACUAGUU